AAAUAAAUAUAACCUUAGAAAGUAAAUUUUCUGUGAUUGUUGUUGUUAAGCAAAGAAAAGGUACAUUUGUUCCAAUUCUGCAAUCGUCGUUUUUGCCAUUAAAUCAUAAAUAAAUAUGAUAUCGUAUCGUAUUGAAUUUAACUGAAGAUUUACUUAAAAAAUUAGUUAGGAAUGUUUUCAAAUGGAAUUUCUUGUAAUCUUCCGUUUAGCUGUAUGAGUGUAACUCGAGAUUCAGGUUCGGAUGAAUUACUACCAGCCAGGAUGGCCAGAGAGCCUGUUUUAUUAAAUGUGUAUGAUAUGUAUAAAAUUAAUGAGUAUACAUCAAACAUCGGGCUUGGAGUUUUUCAUUCUGGUGUAGAAAUUUAUAAUACAGAAUAUGCUUACGGUGGUCAUCAAUAUCCUUUUACUGGUAUUUUCGAAAUUAAUCCUAGGGAUGAAAAAGAGCUAGGAGAUCAGUUUAGGUUUAGGCAAACUGUUCAAAUAGGCUAUACUGAUUUUACAGAAGAAGAUGUUAGACGAAUUGUAAAUGAAUUAGGAAAAGAAUUUCGUGGAGAUAGAUAUCAUUUAAUGAAUAAUAACUGUAAUCAUUUCUCUGGAUCUUUCACAAAGAUUUUAGCUGGACAAGAAAUUCCACCAUGGGUUAAUCGCUUAGCCUAUUUUAGUAGUUGGGUCCCAUUUCUAGAAAGAUGCUUACCUAAAGAGUGGUUGACCCCUAUGGCACUUCAGCAUUCGUUAAGUUGUAGACAAGAUUCAACAUGCUCGGAGGCGUCCACAUCUUAUUAAUUUGCCAAAGAUUAAGAUUACCAAGCGUUACAUUUUCAUUACUUAUUUAAAUCAAACGUAAACUUUUUUCAGAAAAAAAAAAUACAUUAUUUAACACAAACAAUUUUAGGACAGUUGUUACAAAAAUGAAAUACAUUUCAUAUAAAUAAGUUGACUACUAUGUUUUACUUUACAACUCUGUAUAUGGAAUCGCACAUAAUUUUGUUUUACUAAUAUUGUACCUUUGUUGAAAUUUAGAUAUUGAACGCUAGCCAAGAGAAUAUUUUAGGUACAAUACAUUGCUUUAAAACACAAUUUUUAGUGAGAACAAUAACUCAAAAUGUACAGAUAUAUGUUGAUUUGAAUAGUUCACAUCAUUUUUAACCUAUUCACAAAGACUAUCAAGUUGUAGUUGAAGAUUUAAAAAUGUAUUUCAAUUUUUUUAAGUGUAUUUUUUUAUAAAUUCAAUGUUAAUUUAAAUUUUACAUUCAUAUCUAUAAGUAAAAUUCUAUAUUAUGGUUUGAGAGAUAAUCUUAUGAUUAUUUAUAGACAUAAAAUCAUUUAAGUAUAUCUAAAUAUUUAGAACCUAAGUUACAUUAGUAAUUGACCAUCUAAAACUAAAUAUAUUUACAUUAUAUAUCCUAUGUAUCUUAAACAAUGGGAGGUCUUACCAAGAAUUGUGUUUUAUAUACAGGGUGUGCCAUGAAGUUUGCAACAAAUGGGAUUUUUGUAUUAUUGAGUUACUAAAAAUGUUAAGUGUAAAAAUAACUUUUAAUGCACCAAUUGUUUUACUGCCCGUAAUGAAUAAUUAUUGUAAAAAAAAAUGUUAAUUUUCAGGCUACCCGCUUUUGUUAUGUUGCUGCAUAGACAACAAAAAUACUAAACAUACUAAAAUAACUAACAGAUAUACCUAUAUCAAAUAAAUUUAAAAUAAUUUUAUAGACUUUCAAACUAAUUUGAUACUCUAUUAUUUUGUUAUGUCGUUUUUUUGAUAUCAAACAAACGUUAAUUAUAUAGGGGACAGGAAAGAAGAAAUCAUUGUAUUUAGAUUAAUUCCUGUUGGAUUAACUCUAACUGUCAUUUUUUCGUUUUUGGAUUGAAGUAAAUUUACAUAAACAUUUUUCAGCAUUUCUAUACAAAACAAUUCUCAUUUGUUGCGAAAUUUUUGGAACACCCUGUAUAUGUACUGUACAGUAAUGAAAUACAGUACAUAAUAUACAUUUUGUAAUUUUAAACAUAAAAUUAAAACUUGUUAUCAAUAAUUAAUGUUAUCAAUAAUUUCCGAUUUAUAUUAAAUUUUUAAAAUGAA